AUGCCAACUAAUCAUCAUCUAAAGGCCAACCUGCACCAAAGGAGACACACUUUCCUGGACAUAUUCAACAAUGACGAGGCACAAAUAACAGUGGGACCCUCCGGAGUGGCCGAUGAAGACCCUGUGAAUUAUGGCAUCAUUGAUCAGCGAGUCUUUACCAGGCAAAAGAAAGCUACCAGAAAAAGAAAAAAAUCUGCAGAAAAGUACAAGCCCCCUGUCAAUAUUAGUGCAGGAAAAGCUUCCAAUUUUGCCGAUAACUGGCUCAAUGAUGAACAAGGGAUGCUCAAUGCAAGCCCAACCAAUAUGUCUCCCUCGUACAUGUAUAUGCCAUAUUCAGAUACAAAUAAUGACUCCAAUCCUAGCCCCGCACCCAAGAAAUACAGCAGUUUUAGUUUCCAAGCCAAAAGAGGGAGUACGUUUGGUAGUGGGUUUCCUGCAAACUACGACUAUAUCAAUAAUCGCAGACCCAGCGCAAGUGUCGAAGAUAAUUUGGAUGAUUUAUUUGAUAGUGAUUAUGAAUUUGAAGGCUCUCAGCCAUCGACAAAGAACUACAAUGAUAAUGAUAACUCUUCAAUUGAUGAUGUGUGUCUUCCAAUUGAUCAAUCUGAUGACGAUGAACAGCGACAAGGACCAAAGAUAUGGCCUGAUUUGAGAGUUCUACAAGAAUAUUAUGAUGAAGAGGUUUCCGAAUUGAAAAUUAUUGAUGAAAGCAAUUCGAGGGAAGCCCAUAAUGCUUUUUUUUCAAAUAACAAUGUCAGUGGCACUUCACCGACAGACUAUAGGAGUGACAGUAUGGUUGUGGGAUUCCAGAACCCUAUUAUCAGUAAGGUUGAUGAACUGCAGCCGUUUUUGAAGCAUCACCAUGUGGAUGAGACGGAGGGAUUGGAUGGUCGUCUUAGAGCACCAAGAAUCAAUCCAUGGGAUACUACAGGUCAUCCUAGUAACUUGAGAAACUCACCAAAUCGUGGCAUGCCAGGGCUUGCUGAACAAUUUCGUUUUGCUUACUUCAGAGAAGAUUUGGAUACCACUAUUCAUGCUUCUACAAUUUCUGGAAUUUUGCAACCAGGGCAAACAUUUGCUGAUUUGUUUGUUAGGUCACAGUAUUCCAAGAAAAAAAACCCUAGUGGAUCUUCGGUGCUAUUAAAUGAGGUGGGCAAAAAUAUUUCAACUGGGAUGUCGGCAGCAAACACCAGAGGUAAUACCCCAGUUCCACCAGAGGUGGAUGAAUCUCAAAAGAUUGUUUUUUGGUUAGAUGUACUAAACCCCACUGAUGAUGAAAUGAAGGUUAUUAGUAAAUCUUUUGGAAUCCAUCCCUUGACCACCGAGGAUAUCAUGUUGGGAGAAACUCGAGAAAAAGUAGAGCUAUUCAACGAGUAUUAUUUCAUUUGUUUCAGAUCGUUCGAUAUUGUUCAUGAAAAAAUGAAGAUUAAGGUUCAUAAAGAACUCACAAAUGCCGAAGAAUUUGAAGACGAUGAUAAUUUACCUUUCUUGAAAAAAAUUACAAACAUGGUUAACAAAAAGCUAUUCGGGGCUACUGAUGAUCAAUUUCGCCGAAGAUUAGAGUCCACAUUCUCAAAAGAUGCCGUUGAUAUGUUGAGAAAAAAGCAAUUCAAAAAUAGCUCGAAGUUUAAUGAAUUACGCCCUUUGAAUAUUUAUAUUGUGGUUUUCAAGGAUGGGUUGUUGACGUUCCAUUUUGCCCCAACACCUCACCCAGUAAAUGUCAGAAGACGUUGUCGUUUACUCAAAGAAUAUCUUACUGUUUCCACCGAUUGGAUAGCAUAUGCGUUAAUUGACGAUAUCACUGAUGCAUUUGGUCCAAUGAUUGAACUAGUUGAAGUGGAAGUGGCAGCAAUUGAAGACGAAAUUAUCAAGAUGCAAAGCGCAGAAGAUGACUCCGAUUAUGACUCCGAUUAUUCAGAUGUUGAAGAUUCGAAGCCCGAGAACUCUCAAUCUCAUGAUAACCGAUCAAUCGUCACUAAAAACUCGUCUAUAUCAUCAACAAGCACAACUAGCACAUCGUCAACGUCGUCUACCAUCCGCUGGCAACGGAAGAAUGAUAUGUUGCGCCGAAUUGGUGAGGCAAGAAAGAAAGUCAUGUCGUUACUGAGACUUUUGUCAUCUAAAGCCGAUGUUAUCAAAGGCUUUUCUAAAAAGUGUAAUGAAUCGUUUGUGAACAUGUCACCAAGCUCAGAAAUCGGAAUGUACUUAGGUGAUAUUCAGGACCAUAUUAUCACCAUGGUCCAAAGCUUGAAUCACUGUGAGAAACUUCUUGCCAGGUCACAUUCGAAUUAUUUGGCACAGAUUAACAUCGAUAUGACGAAAGUCAAUAAUGAUAUGAAUGAUGUUUUGGGCAAACUUACGAUGCUUGGUACAAUAGUAUUACCUUUGAAUGUUUGUACUGGUCUUUGGGGGAUGAAUGUUAUUGUUCCUGGCCAAGAACAUGACGGCUUGGUUUGGUUCAACUCGAUAACCAUGGGGAUGGUGUUGUUUGCUUUGGUCAUGUAUAUUGUUGCUAGAAGGAUCGGGGUGGCAUGA